AUGUCAGAAGAGUCUCCAAUUGCCGCACGGAACGCCGCCAGGUCUUCCCGGAAGAUUGACAACUACACCUCACUGAACUUCGUUGCCUUUCUGUCGGCCUGUUUCGUUAACAUCUCCUUUGCAGUCUUUUUGACUUCCACCCAGACUUAUUUCAUCACCGAUGUCUUGGGAAUUGGCCAGAAUGUGGGUGCCUAUGUGGGAAGUUUAGGGUUUUUUGACGAGCUGCUGGCUAUCAUUGUGGUCCCCUUUAUUGGAGCCCUGUGCGAUAGAAUCGGCUCCAGACCUAUAGAGUUCGGAGGUUUAUUGAUUGUCGGUGCAAGUUUCAUGGGCUAUGCAGUUUUCGUCAAUGAAACUGUUUACCCCGGAAUGCUUUUCUGGAGAUUGGUUUUCUCCGUGGGAAGUGCCUCCAUCAUGAGUAUCAUCACAGUUAUGCUGAUCGAGCUGAACAAUUCUGAUUUCAAGGUUUCUGAAUUUUUCAGCCAAAAUUUCUUUGGAAAAUCUAUUCAAUUGGAUGCUGAAACUCAGAGCACAUUGGACGACACUUUAUCGCAAGCAGCCGAGAGUCUAGAGGCUACCGGAGAGACUCGUGCAUACACUGGUACGAAUAGCGAUAUCAUUGACGAAGGCGAGCUUAAUGAUGUGCAGCAAGUGAACGAGGUCAACAAAUCCAAAGGAGGUGAAGGAAAAAGAGUUUCCUUGGUGGGAAUUGCAUCCGGUUUGGGUGCCAUUUUCUCUGUUUCUGUAUUCUUAAGAAUGCCAGUAUGGUUUGGUACUAGAAAUCCUGCCGGCGUUGCAUUGAAGAAAUCCUAUCUGGUUGUCGGUAUUAUUGCCAUUUUGGUUGCCGUAUUGCUGUUUUUCUCUCUAUACAAGGACGAUAAAAAGAAAAUAUUCAAGGACGAUAUUGAUGAACUGUUUGAUGACUUGAACAUUCAUGAUGCUGACAGUGACUUGGACGACGAUGUCGAAGAAGCCGAGUUGUUUUUGGGAACCUCUCAUUCCUCUCACAAAUCUUAUCUGGAGUCUAUCAAGUACGGGUUUCAACUAUCUGUACAAAAUCCCAUGAUUCUACUUGCUUUCCUUGGUGGCUUCAUGGCAAGAUGUCUCACAAUCACGGUUACAGUAUUCAUCCCAUUUUACAUUAACCAUUACUUCUACAAGUCUGGAAAGUGUUCUACUGAAAGCACUGACAAGGUUCACUGUCCAGACUCAUACAUCCUGGCUUCUAUUCUCACUGGAAUCUCAAACAUGGCUGCCCUUAUAUUUGCACCUAUUUUUGGUGUUCUCAUUGACAAAUUCAACAAUCAUGCUCACUUACUUUUGAUUGUGAACACUCUGAGUCUGUUAAGUGCUGUUGGUGUAACCUUCAUUAAGACACCAGAUUCUUCAGCACUCAUCUUUCUGUUCGCAACAAUGUUAGGAGUCUCACAAAUUGGGUUCAUAAUCAUUUCAAUGACCAUGUUAUCUAACAUUUCCUCCAACCAAGAAUACUACAAGAACAAGGGAUCAUUAGUUGGUGUCUACUCAUUAUUUGGAUGUGUUGGAGUCUUAAUUGUUAAUAAGUUUGGAGGUUGGUUUGGUGACUGGUUCAUGCAUGGUCCAUUUAUUCUGUUAGCUCUAUUUAACGUUUUAUUCUUUAUUGCUUUAUUUGCAUUGAAGGGUGUUAAGAAGAACGAAUCCAGAGACUUUCAGUCAGUUUUACAAAGCUUUACUGGCACCCGUGUAGGACGUAUGUUUUCCAACAACAGACAUGUUCCAAACUCUGACGAGUUUUAG